UUUCAAAGGGGAAAACAUAUGUUUUAGUAUUCGACUUUGGUCCAUUUUUCUUGAUCAUAUUCAUAUUCAUAUUCAUGUUCAUCUUUUUCUUUUUUAUUUCUAUUAAAUCGAAUUGUAUCAUCUUAGAAAACACAAUUCCCACUUAUCAAAACCUUAAACAAUGGCUUCCAAUACCUCGACAGUGGGCCUUCGCAUUGGCUUUGUUGGGCUCGGCACCAUGGGCCAAGCAAUGGCGCUCAACAUGCAAGCGCACCGCACGGCCAGCGGGAACCUGUCAAUCAGCGUCUACAACCGCACUGCCUCCAAGGCAAAGGCUGUAGAAGAUCAGGGUGCCACUGUGUGCGCGUCGCCGGCUGAAGUCGCGGCACGCAGCGAUGUUGUUUUUCUCUCACUCUUCGACGGCGAUGCAGUCCAAAAAGUGAUCGCUGAAAUCCUCAAUUCGCUGACCGACACGACUGACGGCGUUGCUGAACAUCCGCUGGUCAUCGCUGAUACGACCACAGUGCAUCCGAGUGUGACAAAGCACAUUAUAGAGCUUGUAGCCGGCCGCCAGGCAUCGCUGAGGCGCCGUGUUGAGUUCAGUCAGACACCUAUCUGGGGCACGCCCCCUGCCGCCGUCGCCGCGAAUCUAGUCAUCGUGGUCAGCGGCACUGCCGCAGAGCUCGUCGAGGCUGUUGCUGUGCCCGCCAUUGCCCACACAGCCAUCAACUGCGGCCCCGACGGGGUGCGUGCGGCAAAGUUCAAGGUCCUGGGCAACUUUAUGAUUGCAGCCAUUAUCGAGUCCCUCGGAGAGGCCAUGGCUGUCGCCGAGCAGAACGAAAUUGGCCGCGAGCUAUACCUAGAGUUUAUCAAACAUGUCAUGCCCAUAGCGCCGGUCGUCGGAUACGCGGCAAAGAUGGUUGACCAGGGCGGCGAAGCGUCAAAGACGCAGGUUAACUUUACCGUGCCCGGUGGCAUGAAGGAUGUGGGUUAUGCAAUUGACAUGGCCAAGGAUGUUGGCAUGCGUCUGCAUGUCGCUGAGCUUGCUUAUGAGCACUUGCAAUGGGUCGUUGACAAUGGCGACUCUAAUUGGGACUGGUCUAGCUUGGCUUUUGCGCUGCGCAAGCAAGGAAGCAAGGAAGAAAGCAAAAAAGAAAGCGAGAUGUGA